AAACAUCAUGAUAUCCAAACCCUACCUAACAUAAUAGCUAGAGCUGCGAAGUAGAUUUGGAUUUUUCUCUUAAUAGACCCUCAAAUCUUAGUUAUCCUUAUUGACCCUCAAUUUUUCAUAUUUCUAAAUUAACAUCAGAUCUUCGUAUUCGUUUGAAAUAAGGGUCUUACUUAGAACAACUUUAUAGAUUUUGUGUGUAAUUUAAAACAACUUAAUAGAUUGGUGAAGGUCAUAUUUAAAUCAACUUGGACUUAAGGGGUCUUAUUUAAAACAUUUUAAUGGACUCGGGUCUAAUUUAGAAAUAUAAAGAAUUGGUACCGAAUAUAGAAUUGAUAAAGGCUUGUGGGUCUACAAUUACUAAUGAUUUUAACAGGAUCAGACGUUCUUUUCUCUUGUUUGAUCACUUGAACCAUACUUACCAUAAUUAUGUUCAGAAUAGUCAUCAAACCCUAAACUUUUGGUGUAUUCUAGCAAAUCUCCUUGAAAAUUUGAACCCUCUUCAUGCUUCCGCAUCUCAAAAAAUCUCUUCGCUUCACCGAGCGUAGGUCUCUUUCUGUUCGUACAAACCUUAACGAACACAACCUGUUCGAUGAAAUUCCCCAAAGAGACUACAAAUCAAACAACUCGGCAAUCAAAACCUUCACUGCUAACAAACAACACACUGAAUCAGUCACAACAUUCAAAUCAAUGCAGAGCUCCUGCCAAGUCCCCGACUCCUUUGCUCUCGCUGCAGCGAUAAAAUCCUCGUCGGCUUUCUCCAAUCCAAGCCUAGGUAAAUCCCUUCACGGGUUUGCAGAAAAAAUGGGUUUCACUAUUAAUGCAAUUGUUGCGAAGUCAUUGAUGCACAUGUAUGCAAGGUUCAAUAUGUUGGAUGAUUCUUGCAGGGUUUUUGACGACAUGGGUCAAAGAGAUUCCGUGUCAUGGAAUGUCUUGAUCACGGGUUUUGCCCGUGCUCACAUGUAUAAUGAAGCAAUGGGCUUGUUCUAUAUGAUGCACACAUUCAAUGACGAAGGGGUUCAGCCAACUGAUAUAAGUGUUGCAGUACUUCUCCCUAUAUGUGCAAAGUUGAGAUUUUUGAAACAUGGGCAGAGCUUGCAUUGUCAUUGUAUUAAGAGAGGAUUGGAAGGAGAAACUCUCAUAGGGAAUGCACUAGCAUCGAUGUAUGCGAAGUGUGGAAGGGUUAUGGAUGAUGCGAGAGUCUCAUUCGAGCUCAUCGGUGAUAAAGAUGUUGUUUCUUGGAAUUCAUUAAUUGCAGGGUGUUCUGAAAAUGGGCUCUUUGAUGAAGCAUUUGAGUUAUUCUAUGAAAUGGUGUUGAAUGGUUUCAUACCGAACUAUGCAACAAUUGUGAAUGUUCUUCCAAUAUGUGGUUUUGUCGAUAAUGGAUGGUUAUAUGGGAGAGAAAUACACAGUUUUGUGCUUCGGUUUGGUCUUGAAGUGGAUGUUUCAGUGUGUAAUGCAUUAUUGAGUCAUUAUUCGAAGGUUGGAGAUACGAAAGAAGUGGAGUCAAUCUUUAAGAAUAUGUGUAUAAGAGAUACUGUGACUUGGAACACUGUUAUUGCUGGCUAUGCAUCGAAUGGUUGGCUCUCAAAGGCAAUGGAUUUAUUUCAUGAUAUGAAUUCGAGUGGAAUAAGGCCUGAUUCGGUCACUCUUGUGAGUAUUAUUCCCAUAUGUGCUCAACUGCUAGAUAUCAAAGAGGGACAAAGAAUACAUGAUUACAUUCUUCAACAUUCAAUGCUAAGCCAAGAGACAUCCUUAUGGAAUGCUCUCAUUAGCUUUUAUGGCAAAUGUGGAGAAUUAGACGCUGCACUGGAUAUCUUCAAGGAAAUGCAAAAGAAAGACUUGAUAUCUUGGAAUGCAAUGCUUAAUGCUUUCUUGGACAAUGAUCAGUGGAUGAAGCUUCUUACCCUUUUCAAUCAAAUGAUCAACAAUGGAAUAAAACCCGAUUCCAUCACCCUUACUAGUGUUCUUCCAGCUUGUGCUUCCAUGGAAAUGAGAAAGGUAAGAGAAGUCCAUGGAUAUGCAUUUCGAGCUGGCUUAUCAACCCAACAAACAGUUGGAAAUGCAGUUCUUGAUGCUUAUGCAAAGUGUGGGAGCAUAGAGAAUGCAUCUAAAACAUUCGAAAACUUAGUAGAAAGGAAUAUUGUAACAAACAAUACAAUGAUCUCAGGUUAUAUGAAGAAUGGAUAUCAAGAGGAUGCUGAGAAAAUAUUCAACCACAUGCUUGACAGAGAUCAAACUACUUGGAAUCUGAUGCUUCAAGUUUAUGCUCAAAGUGAAAGCAACAACAAUUCAGCUUUCAGUUUGUUUCGGGAAUUGCAAGAAAAAGGAAUGAAGCCUAAUACGGUUAGUAUUAUGAGCAUUCUUGGUGUUUGUACUCAGCUAGCCUCAAUUAGACUAGUGAGGCAAAUUCAUGCCUACACAAUUCGAGCUUCUCUUGAUGAUUUGCACGUAAAAGGAAAUCUCUUGGACACAUACUCUAAAUGUGGAAGCAUUAAAGAUGCCUCCAAAUUCUUUCAAACAUGUCAUGAAAAGGACUUGAUCAUCUUUACGGCAAUGGUUGGAGGCUUUGCAAUGCAUGGAAUGGCAAAAGAGGCCAUUAACAUCUUCUCGGAAAUGCUUCAAUUUGGUAUAAAACCUGAUCAUGUUAUCUUAACAACUCUUCUUUCAGCUUGUAGCCAUGGUGGGCUUGUGGAUGAAGGGUUAAAACAUUUCAAAUCAAUCAAAGAUAUCCAUGACAUUGAGCCAACAAUGGAGCAUUAUGCUUGUGCAGUAGAUCUUCUCUCAAGAAGAGGAAGGCUAAAGGAAGCACAUGAUUUCAUAAUGGACAUGCCCUACGAAGCGAAUGCUAAUAUAUGGAGUACUUUGCUCGGUUCUUGCAAGACUCAUGGAGAGGUUAAUAUUGGGAGGAUCGCAGCAGAGAAAUUGUUAGAUGUGGAAGAUGCGAAUGUUGGGAACUUUGUUGUGAUGUCGAAUAUGUAUGCAGCGGAUAGAAACUGGGACGGUGUGGAAAAAGUGAGGAUGAUGAUGAAGAAUAAGGAUUUGAAGAAGCCUGCAGGGUGUAGCUGGAUUGAGGUUGAGAAGAUGAGGCACGUGUUUGUGGCUGGUGAUCUCGCUCAUCCGCAGAGAGCAUUGAUAUAUGAAACGCUGACAAGUUUGACCCAGCAAAUCAAAGUGCAGCCCUCUCAGAGACAUUUUUUGUUAUGAGAAGUGCGUAUCGGAUCAUUGUAAUGCCCAUCAUUGUAUUAUAUAAAGCAAUUUAUCAGGUACAAGCGAGCUCUCAGAGAUUGAUACCAAAGCAAAGUGAAGGUGAAUACAUAUAUACAUUACAUUGAGGGUUCAAUGAAGCAGAGAUAACUAUAGAGAUCUCAGAGAUACAGAACUGGCCAGGGACCUCUGGCAGCAAAUAUUGCACG